AUGUUCGGAUUCGGAGAGGCCAAGGAGCACCGUGACGCCGUCUACGAUGGCAACCACGAGGGCAAGCUCAGCCACGAGAUCGUUGCCGGCGGCGCCGCGUUUGAGGCCAUGAAGCUGUUCGAGGACCGCCAGCGCAAGAACGGAGAGCCCGUCAAGCACGCCUUUGCCAAGGAGCUGCUCGUCGGCAUUGCCGGCGCCGAGGUCGACAAGCUCAUCGAGACCAAGGGCCUCGACUACAUUGACCGCGAGAAGGCCAAGAGGCACGCCGAGAAGCAGGCCGAGCACCUAUACCAGGAGCAGUAUGGCGACAUGGACGAGUACAACCCUGAGCAACGCGGACGCCACCAGCAGAUGGACUACUAG